ACAGACUACCAGGGCCAUCAGACUCUCCUCCACGCUCUGCAGGGCGUUCACACCGUCCUGCCCUUCAUCGAUGCCCCCCGGGGCCAAGACGGUGCAGCGCAAAAGGCAUUGAUUGACGCAGCUGUCCCAGCCGGCGUGAAGCGCUUCGCCCCAUGUGAAUGGGGUACGUAA